GAUAAAACAUGCGCAUUGAUUCGUACACUUUCAGUUUCGUAUCUAAAAAUAAAACAAAGUCAGAAAAAUAACCAGAUAUAUAUUUAGCUCAAAACUUGUAUAAAAGCCAACAGCCAGAUCCACUGCAAAACUACACCAAAUCACUACGGCAUAUAUCUACAUUUGUGAAACAAAAGUUUGACUGAAUGUGAUGUAAAAUGAUUUGGGUCAUGAUUAUGAUGAUUAAUAGCAUUAUCCUGGCAGGGCCUCCUGACAUGCCAAACAAUGGUUAUGGUAAAGCUGAAUAUUUGUAUAGAGUCCCAAAUUCCGUUCUAUAUGGAACAGAAUGGACAUUUCCAACAUUUCCAAACCCAUUGCGUCGGAUGCCUCAUUGGAAUCAGGAAACGGUUUCCACUCGAAUUUUAUUGAAGGAAUAUCACGCCCGCAGAUUUAUGUAUCAUAUUCUGAGUGAUUUCCUUGACGAAUUCUUUAUUCACGAUUCCAGUCCAGAAAAAAAUAUCAGAUCUAGAGUAUUAUUUAAAAGGAGAAGACAACCAACAACAAUAUCUACGUUUAAAACAUUGGUUCAUCUUUCUCAAGAAUUGGAGAAUAAAAUAGAAACACAUGGCAGCAUCGCUUUUAAGGAGGGCGGUGUAGUUUUCUCCUUUCAUUCUAGUUUUGAAUACUACAAUGAACAUUAUAAUUAUACAAGUUUUCAAAAAAACAAAGAACAUUCAUACAUAGCGAUUGACGACAUGACAUCGCUAAACGUUAUGAACAGGAAAAGAGCCACUAUCGAUACGUUUAAACAAGGUGAAUAUCUUAUUGACAUGUUGACAAGUUGGAGAACGAUCAGAUGUAUGCGAUAUUACUGGGAUUUUGAAGACAUAUUUUGGAAUCAUAUCUGUAUUAACAAAACAAAAUCCCCUACAUCAGCUGUUUUAAAUAAAUACGUGUGCUAUGUAGGCCGUAUAUGUGUCGACGAUUGGGAAAGUUAUAAUUGUGUAAGAGAAUUAUACAUAAACAGUGAAAAAUAUCAGAGUUGUUCAAUUGAUCCAAGUGUGAACAUUGUUUUUUACAAUGUGUUUAAGAAGGAAUACAGUGAUAGUUUUCAUUCUGGGAUUUAUACUCAUGCAAACUUUCAUAUAAAAUCACACUUCCUAUAUUUUGACACAAUUAGUCAAGAACAAAGACGUUUUUGGAGUACAGAAGAUAAGUUAAAGAAGGGUAUGGUUAGCAAAUGGAACAUAACCAUCAUUUUAACAGUUGGUAUAUCAACAGAGUGUUGCAAAAGGUUCGCAGAUAUCAGCGUUGGAAGGAAAUCACAUGUAUUGAAGAAAAGGCGGACUGGAAAGAAAAAUAUAAACAAUCUUAGCAGUAUUCCCGAGGUCUUAUCUAACUGUCAACACCUAGUCGAUUCGACCAACAAAAAUGCCGAAUUGAUUAAAACCCAUUCUAGUGUUGGAAGAAUUAUUAGGAGUAACGAGGAGCACACUGUGAGGAAAAACGCAUCAUUAUCUUUCAACACCUCGACGUCCAUUCUAUCAUCUGUCAAUGAAAUGUUUAGUACAAUAUUAAUUUAUUUUGAAACAUGCCAAUAUUUCAUUCGUGACUUUAUUCACGAGUCCUUUUAUAAUCGAUCAACGUCUACAAUUGAUAACACAAGAAAUUACAAAUAUGCUCAAACUUUAGAAUUAUUUUACGGAGAAAACUACGAACACACGUCGAGAUAUAUUGAUAUAUGGAACGUAUUCAGUAUAAUUAUAUACCUUGAAUUUGCAUUGAUCCACAUUUUCCUUCUUGGGUAUAAAUUGAAAGUAAAACCGAUAUUCACAUUUGUUACCAAUCAAAUAAUGAAUCUGAGCGGGGAUUCUAGUCAUUGUCAAAGAGGGUGUGAAAAUAUGAAGACGCAAUCGAAACACGAGGCUAAAGCAACUGAAAUGGCCGGUAGUAAAAGUGUGGUGAAGGAAUUAGAUUGUGACCUGACUAAAUCUUCACAAUUAGCUGUUAAUAGCGAUACCUAUGAAAACCAUCAUAUUACUUGUCAAAGAUUACAGGCUAAAUAUGCUGAAGAAGAAAAAGAGACACAUUGUCCUUUGAUACAUCAAGCUAGAAUAAAAACAGAUACGACAUCCGUUAAACGUGUAUUUGGUCAAAAUAAGGAACAUGUUUUAUUAUCCUCAUCUGUAUUGCCUUCAGAUGAUGAUGAAAGUGAAGAAACAAGUGUCAAGUCAUUCCAUGAACAAGAGGAAAACAACGCGUUUAUGGUUGAAAACAACGACGAUGAAACAAAUUCCAAUACAAAAAACAGAUUUUCAAUGCAAGAAACAUUAAAUGAUAAAUUAAUUGUAAAUGAUAGCAAGAAGCAUUGGGAAAUAAUGAAUCAAAAUGUUUCUGUGUUUCCUGACGACAGUUUCGCUGAAACACAAUCGAACUCGUUUGGAAUGACUACACAUGAUGAAACAUUUAAGUCAUCGAUGAGUUUCCAAAGUUCUACAAAAAAUGGAGAAUAUUGGUCUUCACUGUUACCUGUAUCCUAUACAACUAUUAACGAAGUUUGUUCUUCAAAACUGCGUAAAUCACUGACUCCUAUAGAAAACGAUGAAUCCCAUUUCGUAAAAGAUGUUUUUGGAAAUUGCGAUAGUGAAGUGUCAAGAAGAAUUCUGGAAAAAGAACGACAUCUAACAUCAGGCUCAAUGAAAACAACAACACGUUAUCUGGCUGAAAAGGAAUGCUCAUUAAAGAUAAAGAAAUUAAGACGACGACACGCAUUGUUUGCUAAGCACGUCAGAAGAUUCUUUAAAAAACAAGAGAGGAAAAGUUUAAAACAUAACAAAAGAAGAAUUUUAAGAAGAAUAUGCCCACGCUACUCUAACAUACAUCACAAUACAGAAAGGCUUUCUGUUUGUUGUCCCGCAAUCUCCAGACAAUUAUCCCAAAAUUUACCACAGCAGGAAAGUGUAACUCCAACCAGUCACGUUUUGCAAGAAAACCACUCACCUUAUUCACACACAUCGGAUCAAAUGAACAGCACAGGUACAUUGUCAUCUAUUUUUAAUCAUAUUUCUAUUGAAUCGUCACGUGAUGAUCGUAGUUACCAUUCGGAAUGGAUGAGACUGGCUUCUUUUGGAUGCUUUGAAUCGGAUGAUGUACAUGCUUUGAGACUUGCUAGAAGUGGUUGGUAUAGCACUGGGCUGGGGGACCAGACUGUCUGUUUCAGUUGUCAAAGACUGCAUCAAAACUGGAGGAGAAAUGAUAACCCAGAUAACUUUCAUGAUGCGAACUGCAGUUAUGUCAACCUACGGUCAAAUAACAUACCUAUACCACGUGAGACCUCCAUUGCUAGUGAUGGCGUUAGAUUCGAAGAAAGUCAAAAUACUGGUCACACGUUUUAUCGUGAUCAUGCUACGAACAACACUCGGUUUCCACGCAGUCAGGGUGAAAAUCUAACAACAGAAAGACUUUCCGCACAAAAUGUAGCAUCGUCGUCUGACUCAAAUUCGUCGGCUAUUCCAUCAACGUCAGACCUGCGUUCUUCAAGCAAUACGAGUGUUCCUGAAAGCACAGACCAAGCGGCGGCUUCAUUGGAGGACACAAAGCGAGCUCAGUUAGAAGCCCUGAAAAGAGACCCUAUGGGGAUAAACUUCGAUCGCCCGAAAUACCCGUCGUAUGCUAUUCUAUCUGAAAGAGUUAAGUCGUUUUCUGAUUGGCCAGCCAGUAUGACCCAAAAACCACGUGACAUGGCGUUGGCUGGUUUCUUCUAUGCGGGAUAUGGAGACUAUGCACGUUGCUUUUUCUGUGGCGGAGGACUCAGAAAUUGGGAGGCCGGUGAUGAUCCAUGCGUUGAACAUGCGCGUUGGUUCAGUAAAUGUGCUUUUGUGAGACAGAACAAAGGUCAAGGAUUUAUUGAUCAAGUUUUACAGAGAGCUGCAGAAUUGGAAAGACAGGAAAAUCCAACAAAAGAAGAUGAUAAAAAAGCCAAAGAAGAAAAAGUGAUGCAGUCUGAAGCUGUACUCUGUAUCAAACGUAUGGGCUAUACUGACGAAAUCAUCAGAUCUGCCAUUGAUACCAUGAAGACCCGCCUACCCAGAGGAAAACAUAAGGUUUCGGCACAGGAAAUAUUAGAAGUUGUUUUUGAGCUAUCUUCAUCACAACAAACUGUUAAGGAAGAGCGAGAUCUUAACACUGAUGUAGGAUCAACGGAAGUCCCGCAAACAUCAGGUGAUGAUAAUUCUGAGAUGGGAGCAUCUUGUUUAGACACCAUACAGAAUGAUGAAUUAACUUCACUUGAGCUUGAAAACCGGAAUCUAAAGGGACAGCUGAUGUGUAUGAUAUGUACGGAGAGAAACGUGUCGAUUGCCUUCCUUCCGUGUGGUCACUUGACCUGCUGUGAAGACUGCGCACCUGCCAUGAGGAAAUGUCCGAUUUGUAAAGAAUUGGUCAGGGGCACUGUCAAAACCUUCCUCGUUUAAAAAAAUAUCUUAUGGGACCCGAAUCUAAACAACACGUGAAUUUAGUUAUUUUGCUUUAAUACUUUGUAUGUACGUGGUUUGUUUUUUCUUUUUAAAUUUGUUUUUGUUUGUUUGAAUGUUUGUUUUUGCACAGGUAUGAUAAGGCAAUUCUCAGCGAUAAAUUGAGCAGAAAUUCCUCGAUAAACUUAAUAGAGAAGAUCAAUGUAGGGAAUGCAGUGUUACCAAUGCCGAAAUAAGACUUAUUCAAUAAGAUACCCAAAAUUAAGAUGAGUGUCAUUUAGGAUAUAAUCAGAAUAAUACAGGCAUGAAUAAUUUGUUUUAUUAGAGAGUGAUAUGAGGUAAGAAAAUAGAUAUUUAUAUGGCUCGACAGGCCUUUCCUCUGUCAUUGUGUACAAAAAAAGGCAAAAGUGUAACACUACCCCGAAUAUUUUGUAAGAUGAAUUUGGCAAGUAUCAAAAGUAUUUGACGUAAAAUACCUGAAAAGUGCGGCUAGAAUCCUUUGCUACGUUGUUAGAAACGAAAAAUACACAGUAUUUUCAAUGAAAUUGAAGAAGUUCAGAGAGUUUCUUCUUCCUAUUCUGUGCUGACCUCGAUAUUGAGUGUUAGUAGCGCGUCGAAAACAGCUAAAAGCCUAUUAUUUACAAGAUAAAGGCUGAUUUAAAAAGAGAAAUUUUGUAAAGUUUCUAAGUAUGGCAGGAGGCAGCCAUGGUGUUAAUUAGCUGCUUCGAUGGUACUGGUUGCUUUGACUUGGUCUGGCAGGCUGUUCCAGUUCCUGAUGGUUCUGGAAAAAGGAAAACUUAUACACGUCACGAUAAGUUGAUGGCUAAGUAUUUACUACCUCUUGUCCGAUUAUCCAUCGGUGUUAAGUACGAUGUUCCUGGGAUAUUGAUUAGUUCGUUGUUGAUCUUGUACAUCAUGAUAAGCCGUGAUCUCAGCCGACGUAUUUCAAGGGCCUCCUAAUGUAAUUCUUCUUUCAUCGAUGUUACACAGCCUGGUGGUGAAAAUCCAUUUGCCAUUCUCUUCCCAUUUCUUAAAUGACUUCAGAACUCGCUGGAGUUGCUUGGCAUCUGCUAUGGAGUUGAUUUUUCAAUAGAACAGGCAGUCAUCAGCGAUUAGUCUCACAUCGGAAGGUUGAUAAAGAGAAGAAAUAGUAAUGGUUCCAUCACCGUCCCCUGGAGACUGCCGAAAUGACAUUAGCUCUGGUAGAGGAUUGGCCCUUUAGGGUGACUUGCUGCGUCCGUUUUGCCAGGAAGUCCUUUUCCCAGUUCCAUGUGUUUCUUCUGACGCCAUAAAAGUGGAGUUUGUGUAGGAGUCGUUGAUGUGACACUUUGUCCAAGGCCUUGGAAAAAUCAGCACUAUGUCUACCUGUUCUCCAAGGGCCUCUGACUUGGCCACCUCGUCAACUGUAAGCAAUAGGUGCAACUCACAUGAUCGUCUUCGUCGGAAGCCGUGUUGUCGGUCUGCCUGUAAAAAGUUGCCGUCAUAAUGAACCAUAAUCUGGCUGUGACCUAUAUGUUCCAAUAACUUGCAUGAUAUGAAUGGUAAGGAGACUGGAAGGUAGCUGGAAGCUAGGUGUCACUCUCCUUUCUUAAAUAUGGGAACAAUUGAUGCUUCUCGCCAGUCGUCUGGCACUUCCAAUAUCAAGUGAAAGUUGGAAUAGUUUGGUCAUGAUUGGUGCUAGUUCCAAAGCAAAGUCGUGUAGAAAUCUUGUUGGGACUGCAUCUGGUCGUGCAGCUUUGUGUACAUUUAGGCCCGUCAGUAGCUUAUACAAUAUGUACAAACCGUUGCUUCUUACAUGGAUGUUCUUCAUGUUUUGGUGUGGGCUGUCCCUUUUAGAUGGCUUAUCUGAAAGAAUCUUUGUUGUAUAAACUAAGUGGAACUGGUUAUUUAGGAAUUCUGCCUUGGACAAUGUGUUUCCAAAACAAAAUUGACAAUAUUUAUUUUAUGCGAUUACCAAUGUGAUUCUAGCAGUAAAACUAGUAAAAAUGAACUAAUUUCCGAUCGAAUUAUUGUAUCAUACAUGAAAAUGAACUUCGUGGUAGUGUUACACUUUUUAAUUUUUUGUUAAGGUAAAAAUGUGAUCUAUUUUUAACUGUCACGUGAUACCAUGGUAAUGCAGCUUCAAAGAUCGACUCGAUUCUUAAGUAGAAAUAUGAUAUCUUGGUGAACACAUUCACUUAGUAUUAAUAUUCAGCACUGUUUUCAUAAAAAUAAACAAUUUUUGAAAUAACCAUAAUAUCGACUGUCAUUAAACUCGGAAUUGCCUUAGCCUACCCGCGUGUUUUUUGGGGGUUUUUUUUGUUUUGGAGAGUGGGGUGGGGGUGUUUUUUGUUUUUUAUUUAAGGGAGAGGGGAUCUCUAGCCUACUUUGAAUCCCAUUUGUAAGCUGGGUUGACCUUAUGAGUUAACAAUUUUUUUUAGACUGAUACCACUAUUCCUAAAAGAAGAAAAAUUAGCUAACUAAUCAACUAAUUUUUCUCUACAUUCACAAUAGCUUCGAAACAUUAAAAGUUUUCUUAAUAAGGAGAUUCAGUCGAUAAGCAGUUUUGGAAUUUUAUUUAGCAGUUUAGCAAUUUGUUUUUAUGUUAUUUUUAUUUUAAUGAAGUACCUCUUAUAUCAUUAUUCUUUCGUUAUUUGUUAAAAUAAAGCGAUCAAUACAAAUUACUAUACAUGUAUAAAUGAAACUCAUAGUCAUACCACUUACACAUUUUACUUUAAAUGAGAAAAUAUACUGUGGGAUCAUUAGAUUUCGUGGUUGCUCAAUUUUUGUGGAAUUCGAGGGCACCGCUCACCCACGAUUAACAUCCUCUACGAAUAAAUAAAUUAGGACUGUGAAGUCAUAUUUCAUUUUGUAAGUAUCUGAGAAUACACGAAAUUAAGUCCCAAAGAACCUAUAAAAUUGGAGCAAUCCACAAACAUUGCCCCUGCGAAUUUGAAUGAUUCCACUGUAGUUCUCGUUGAGAAAAAAAUUAAUACAGUGAAAACAAUAUUAACGGAUUUUGUUUUAUAUUGUAUCCCAGUGUAUUUAAUGUAAAAUAAAGAUUUGUUGUGAAUCAAUUAAUCAAUUAAUUGAUAAAGCGGUUAUGUCGACAAAUUUAUACGGAUUGUAACUAGUUGCAGUGUUGUUCUGGCUAAAUAUUGUAUCUCAGUUUAUUUGAUGUAAACUAAAUCUUAUCUUAUUACGACAACUGUGCUUAUUUGGGGCACAUACAAUUUGUGUAUAAAAUUAUAUCGUAAUAUUUAAGCACACUUUCAAUAUGUUGCGGGAUAGACAACAUGUUGGUUUAGAUCAUACUAUAGUAAGAGUUACUGUGUUUUUCCUGAUUCACCUUACAUUGAUUUUUGUGACUUUUUUUAUACAUAAAUAUUUUAUAGAACUCACAGUGCUAUUUUGUUCUUAAUAUAUAGCAGAUUAGCUUAUACAAAUCAAUAAUGGAAUUUCAUUCUCUGAUGCUAGAAUAUUGCACAAACCGAGUGACAUUCUUUUUUAUGACAUGAUAUUCGUAAUCCAAAAAAAUCACACAAAGAUAGGGAAAUUGCAAUUUAUUAUAAAAGACCUAAAAAAAAUUAUAAGAUAUAAACAACUCAGUAAAGUAUAUAAAUGCCCUUCCUUACAAUAAUGCAUUAAUAUUUUUAAAAUUCUACAUAUUAUGAAGUAACAUUCUCAUAUUACGAUGAAGCAAAAUAUGUGUUUGUUGGUAGGAACAAAGAAAUGUUAAAAACAAAUUGAUAUGGAUUGUAACCAGUUGAUAUGGAUUGUAACCAGUUGCUGUUUUGUUUUGUUUGAUCGUAUCACUUUUUAUUAAAAAUAUUUAAUCCAUUAUUGUUUAAUUUAUAAUUUGGUAUUAAAAGUUCGCUAAUGUAUCAAUGAUAUAUAAUGUUUUACUUUGUUAAUUGUACAAUUUCUAAAACAAAAUAGCUGACAUGAGGUACAAUCGAGCAUUUACUCUAAUUACUGACUAUCAGAUAUUGAGUAAGGUUGAUUUGUUAAAGAGUCACACCAGCUUAUAUUUGUAACGCAAGCCUGAUUUCUACUUUGCUACGUAUAAUGAAUAUGAUUUUAAAGAUAAUUAUUGAAAAACUUUCAUUUUAAAAAAUACAUAUAUUUUAUUCACGACAUGGUACUCUAUUUUCAUAAGAAAUGGUUUAAAUACAUAUACAGUUA